CACAUUUCAUUCGAUGAAUCUUCUUCACAAAAUUACAGUGUUUUAAUUUUUGUCUGCUCAAGUUGAAUUUUAUUUUAAUACUUAUUUAAAUUCAUUAAGUUAAUUGAAUUAUCUUCCAACCAUGGUUCUUCUUAAACGUCUUGUCUCUUCAAAGGGUCUUGAUUAUCUUUCGGUUAAAACUCAAUUGGCCAAGUUACAUUCUAGUCCACAAUGCAUGGUGGCUAUGAGUCGAUUGGACAAGGAUCAUAUUCCUUUCGGUAAAUACAAGGAUAACCUUAAGAUAGUGAAUAAUAGGCUGAAUCGACCUUUGACCUUGUCUGAAAAGAUUCUCUAUGGGCAUCUUGAUAAUCCAGCUGAACAAGAUAUUGAACGAGGAAAUUCAUAUCUUAAACUUCGUCCUGAUCGGGUUGCUAUGCAAGAUGCAACGGCUCAAAUGGCUAUGUUACAGUUCAUUUCCAGUGGAUUACCCAAAGUAUCUGUCCCAUCUACCAUUCAUUGUGAUCAUCUUAUUCAAGCUCAAAUAGACGGUGUCAAAGACUUGCAGAGAGCUAAAGAAAUGAAUAAAGAAGUUUACAAUUUCUUGAGCACUGCUAGCGCAAAAUAUGGUGUUGGCUUUUGGAUGCCAGGAUCUGGUAUCAUUCAUCAGAUUGUCCUGGAAAAUUAUGCUUUCCCAGGUGUCCUGUUGAUUGGUACUGACAGUCAUACUGUCAAUGGAGGUGGUCUUGGAGGUUUAUGUAUCGGUGUUGGUGGUGCCGAUGCUGUUGAUGUUAUGGCAGACAUCCCAUGGGAGCUUAAAUGUCCCAAAGUCAUUGGAGUUCAUCUCACCGGUAAACCAAGUGGUUGGACUUCUCCUAAAGAUGUCAUCCUCAAACUUGCUGGAAUUCUCACUGUUAAAGGUGGAACUGGUGCAAUUGUCGAAUACUUUGGACCUGGUGUCGAUGCUAUCUCAUGUACUGGUAUGGGUACCAUUUGUAAUAUGGGAGCCGAAAUCGGUGCUACAACUUCAGUAUUCCCUUAUAAUAGACGGAUGAGAGAUUAUUUAGUUGCUACUGAGCGUAAAGAUAUUGCUGACGAAGUUGAGAAACAUAAAGACUUCUUAACAGCUGAUAAAGGCGCUGAAUAUGACCAAGUUAUCGAGAUUAAUCUUAGCGAACUUGAACCACAUGUUAAUGGACCUUACACUCCUGAUCUUGCUACUCCUAUUUCCAAGCUUGGAGAGGUUGCUGCAAAGAAUGGUUGGCCAAUGGACAUUAGAGUCGGACUUAUUGGUAGUUGCACUAACAGCAGUUACGAAGAUUUGUCUCGAUCUGCAAGCAUUGCAAAGCAAGCUUUAGAUCGUGGACUCAAAACAAAAUCUAUGUUCACAGUCACUCCUGGAUCUGAACAAAUCAGAGCAACCAUUGAGAGAGACGGUCAAGCCAAAAUCUUUAGAGAUUUUGGCGCUGUUGUUCUUGCUAAUGCUUGUGGUCCUUGUAUUGGUCAAUGGGAUCGACAGGACACUAAAAAGGGCGAAAAGAACACUAUUGUUUCAUCAUAUAAUCGAAACUUUACUGGUCGUAAUGAUGCUAACCCAGCCACCCAUUCUUUUGUUGCUUCUCCAGAAUUAACAACUGCUUUAGCAAUUGCUGGUCGUCUAGAUUUCAAUCCAUUGACUGACUCUAUCAAAGAUGGAUCUGGUAAAGAAUUUAAACUCGCCGAGCCUACUGGUGAAGAACUUCCAGCUCGUGGAUUUGAUCCAGGAGAAAAUACCUACUCAGCACCACCAAGUGAUGGAUCAAGCAUCCGAGUUGAUGUUGAUCCAAAAAGUGACCGACUUCAACUUCUUACUCCAUUCGAUAGAUGGGACGGUAAAGAUAUGGUUGAAAUGCCUAUUUUAAUCAAAAUUAAGGGUAAAUGUACCACUGAUCAUAUUAGUGCUGCUGGACCUUGGCUAAAAUAUCGUGGACAUCUUGAUAACAUCUCUAAUAAUUUAUUCAUUGCUGCCAUCAAUUCUGAGAACGGUGAAGCAAAUAAAGUUCAAAAUAAAUUGACUGGAAGUUGGGGUGCUGUUCCUGAAGUUGCAAGACAAUAUAAAGCAAAAGGCGUUAGUUGGGUAGCUAUUGGAGAAGAAAACUAUGGUGAAGGAAGUAGCAGGGAACAUGCCGCCUUAGAACCCCGACAUCUUGGUGCUAGAGCUAUUAUUGUUAAAAGCUUCGCUCGAAUUCAUGAAACCAAUCUCAAAAAGCAAGGAUUAUUGCCUCUAACAUUUGCCAACCCAAGCGAUUACGACAAAAUUCAACCCGAUGACAGAAUUUCUCUUCUUGAUUUGAAGAAUCUCGCACCUGGAAAGCCUGUCAAAUGUCACAUUACCCAUAAAGAUGGAAAGAAGGAAGAAAUUCAUUUGAACCACACUUUGAACGAUGGUCAAAUCGCAUGGUUCCGUGCUGGAAGUGCUUUAAAUCUAAUGAAGGAGAUUAAAUCUAAACAAUAAAUAGGAUUGAUGCAACUACUAUUUCAUACUUUGCCAAAAUCUAGAGUUUCUCAUAUGUAGUCGUGGCCUCCACGAACCAAAAGAUAAUCUUUCACGCGUAAGCCUGGAAAUCAAAUAAACCACCUCUUCUAAUCCAACCGGUGAUAAAAGUUUCGAAGAUGUACUUAAAGUUUCACUUUCUGUUUUUAAACAAUCAUUUCAGGUAGUUCUUUAUGAAAAAAACAUCUCCUUGUAAAUAAUCCUUUCGUCCAAACGCAUCAGAAAUAUAAAGGUUCUCAUAGCAAAUAAUAAUUGGCGCUGGUUGUUAGAAUAAUUUUUGUCGAUUUAUCAAAUGAAUCAAUAAAAAAUUAAACGAUUUAUUAACAUUAA